AUGGACUUCGUGACUCCUAUUGGCGCUCCUUUCCGUGAUGCAGUCAGAGAUAAUCUUUCAAAGGUCACCGAAAUCAUAUCACCUUACGGUGCAACGAAAAUCCGGGUUGUUCCUGAGAUCCAACCACCUCGUGAAGACUGCGCCUGGCACGAAUUUAACCCCAACUACAAGCAAGAGAUGCGACCCUACGGCACAGAUGAAGCCAUUUUCAAAAUGGUCAUUCUUUUGGAUGGUAGCACCAAAAAGUCCUCCGCUCUCAACCACAAUCUGCCAGGUGUCACUACAUACCUGACUAACCUUGAAGACUUAUUUAAGCAACAUCCACAGAGGCCUACUUUGUUCAAGUCCCACGGGCGUAGAGACAAUAUUAUUGUCCUAAAGAAUAGAGAAAAGCUCAACCCAAUUCCACCUGAGCUGGUUGUUCAAAGUUACCACCGAGGUCUAAUAAUUGGCGGGUUUGGCGGAUCGCCAUUGCCGCGUGGUUUGCCUAUACUGAUCUGCGACAUUUGUGUAGCCGCCGAUGCUGGAAUUAUUGGCAGUCUCUCAUGCGUCCUGAGUUAA